UACCCCUUGCAGUUUUAGCAGCUAGUUUCCUCGAAUCGAAAUAAAUCUUUGGACUUUUCAGCAAUGGGAUAAAAGGAAUGGGAAGCGAAAACGAUUUAAAGCCACUCGUCUCUUCAUUUUCCUUUUCGUUUGCAAUACGUUAACGGUAGAAACCUCAAUAUUCAGGAUAAGAACAAGGAAACGGGGUCAGUUUUGUCAGAUGGCAGCAACUUCUUGCUGACUGCAUUUAAUUUUGUUGGUGCCCUUUUUAAGAAGGAAAUUGCCUUUUCUUACCCAAAAAAAAAAAAAGAGAGGAGGAAAUUGCUUCUAAUUUUCCCUGGAUAUCAUCAUUUGGUGUUUAGAAGUCUCAGCGGUAGACAUGACAACAAGAAAUUUCUAGGAAAUUCAGCCAAAGCUACUAUAAAUUGUGAGGGGAAGGAUCGUUUCUUUCAUUCUCCUCCUAAUUUCCAGUGAGACAUCCAUCUUGCUUGCCUUUAGAGUUUGGAGCUCCAGUAGGGAGAUCGAUAAUGGGACAAGCUUUGGGCUGCAUUCAAGUGGAUCAGUCCACUGUGGCAAUCAAAGAAAACUUUGGGAAAUUUAACGAUGUUCUUGAGCCUGGUUGUCACUGCGUGCCAUGGUGUGUUGGAAGUCAGCUAGGAGGCUAUCUGUCAUUGCGGGUGCAGCAUCUUGAUAUUAAAUGUGAAACCAAGACAAAGGAUAAUGUUUUUGUGACGGUGGUUGCCUCAAUUCAGUAUCGAGCCUUAGCUGAAAAGGCAUCUGAUGCAUACUACAGGCUCAGUAAUACCAAGGAGCAGAUUCAGGCUUAUGUCUUUGACGUUGUUAGAGCAAGUGUACCAAAGCUGUCACUCGACAAAGUCUUCGAGCAAAAGAAUGAAAUUGCAAAAGCAGUUGAGGAGGAACUUGAAAAGGCCAUGUCGAAUUAUGGUUAUGAAAUAGUUCAGACGCUCAUUGUGGAUAUUGAACCAGAUGUGCAAGUCAAAAGGGCCAUGAACGAGAUAAAUGCAGCUUCAAGACUAAGGGAAGCUGCUAGCGAAAAGGCAGAAGCUGAUAAGAUACUGCAGAUAAAGCGAGCUGAAGGAGAAGCGGAAGCUAAAUAUCUGGCUGGACUUGGCAUAGCUCGUCAGCGUCAAGCCAUUGUCGAUGGACUGAGGGACAGCGUGCUUGGCUUUGCUUCAAAUGUGCCUGGAACAUCCUCCAAGGACGUCAUGGACAUGGUUUUAGUUACUCAGUAUUUUGACACAAUGAAAGAGAUAGGUGCCUCUUCAAAGUCUUCUUCUGUCUUCAUCCCACAUGGUCCGGGUGCAGUGAGAGAUAUUGCUUCACAAAUCAGAGAUGGUUUACUUCAAGGGAGGAUUGAUGAAGUGUGAAGUCCACAUAAUGCUUUUGGCAGGGAAUGCAUGUUAGCAUGUAUAAUAACCUGGACAUGAAGCUUGGUUUGGUUGUGUAAGAUAUAAACUUAUUUGUGAUAGCUGAAGAGACGUGUGUCUAAGUACGAUGGAGAAGAAUGCAGGGAAAGGGGCUUUCUGUUCCCAUAUGUCGAAUGGUAUAUAAAAUAAUGCUGUCCUUUUCUAGCGUGACCCCUUCAGAAACUCAUACAGUAUACAGUCUUUGUAGUAGUCUUGUAAUCAGAAUGCUUACAUGGAUAAGCCAUCUGCUUGUUUAUGACUUCCA